GAAAUUGAAGAGAGAGGCGGACAUUUCUAAGUAGAGAAACGAACUACUUAACCAACACAUACCAACUCACACAUUACCCCCCAAACAGGCUACAUUUCAAAGAAGAACGCACACACACACACACCCACGCAUUGUGAUAUCCGACGCCAUUCUCAUUUCUCACAUCUGCAAGUCGAGAAAUUCCUCUCUGUAAGCUCUGAUUCCUGCGGAUCUCUUCCGGUUUUAAUCGGCAUUGGAUAUGUGGUCAGCACAAGUUCUCAUCUGAAAUCCAUUUUAGGAAGACCUGGAAUGAUUACCAUGAAGAAUUCAGCAUUCUGCAACCCAAGUAGAUUGCCUAUAUAUGGUAGAAAUAUUACAUCAUCUACAAGCGGGCGUGGUGCAUUACUUGUGUCAUGUGUGAAGACCUCUGAAGCUACUGUUACAGCAACAUCCAAAGGCAACUCUAAUGGAGCUUUUCUGUCAGAUAGUCAACAAAAUCGGUUGUCAGAGAAGAAAUCAUCACCUAGUGCUACUCUUCCCAAGGGUUUUGAGGCCCUACUAUCAGAAGUCUGUGAUGAGACAGAGAUUGCUGAGCUUAAAUUUAAGAUUGGAUCCUUCGAAUUCCACAUGAAGCGGAAAAUUGAUGCCCCAACAAUUCCCCCACCUGUUGUUUCCCGAAUAACUGCACCACCUGUUCCAAGUAAACAAGCAAAUGAAUCUACUCCUGCUGUUCCUCCACCCCAACCAAAAACCGAGAAGGUUAGCCCAUUUACAAAUGUCUCCAUUGAGAAGGCAGCCAAAUUGGCAGCACUGGAGGCCUCUGGAUCAAGUAGCUAUGUUUUAGCAUCAUCACCUACGGUUGGUUCAUUCCGAAGAGCCAGGACUCUGAAAGGAAAGAAGCAACCACCUGCUUGUAAAGAGGGUGAUAUGAUCAAGGAGGGUCAAACAAUAGGCUUUUUGGAUCAGUUUGGCACUGAACUUCCCGUCAAAUCAGAUGUGGCUGGAGAAGUCUUGAAGUUCCUUUACGCCGAUGGGGAAGCUGUUGGUUAUGGAGAUCCCCUCAUCGCUGUACUGCCAUCAUUUCAUGAUAUCAAGUAAUCCCCACUUGAAGCAGAAGUAGAAAUCGGGUGAAGCACUGGAGCUUUACCCUCACCAUUGGGAAAUUUCAAGAUGCGUUUUCUUUUUCUGUUUCUUUUGUCAUCAAUUUUCAAGAAACAAAACAUAUAUCUGAUCUUGUUGUGGCAUUUGGUAGGAGAGGAGGAUGGAGUCCGAAUCGGAUCAAGACUUCAUAUUUCUGAUCAUAUUACUGCCUGUUACCUAUAUUACAUUUGGAUUAAUGGAUUUAAAAUUAGGAAUUUCA